CCCAGCCCAGCCAACAUGGCGGAGGCGGCCUGGGCCGGCGGCGGCGGCGGCGGCGGUGGUGGCGGCGGGGGGUCGGCCGAGCGGGAGCCCCCCGAGCGGGAACGGCCGCGGCAGCCGGAGGCGGCGACGACACCGACGCGCCCCCAGAAACGGCCCCCGGCGCUGCGGACUGGGCCGCGCCCCCCCUCGGCGCGGGACUUAGAGUUGGCCUUGGCAGAGUUAUAUGAGGAUGAAGUUAAAUAUAAAACAUCUAAGUGUGACAAAUCCAAAGCUAAAGUGUAUAAAAGCCCAAGAACGCCACCUCAAAAUUUAAAGAUUGAUUCCUUCAGAAGCUUGAGAAACUCAGAGAGAAGUAUGAGUGAUGACAGAGAGAACCGCAGGUUUCACCCAGACGAACAGGAAGCAAGCGGACUGCAAAUAAUUGGACCUUCUACCGGUAAAAUAGUGAAUGAACUUUUCAAAGAGGCUAAGGAACAUGGGGCAGUGCCCUUGGAUGAAGCUGCAAGAACUUCCGUUGAUGGCCACAAAUCUAAAUCGUUUUCUGGUGGCGGAUACAGAUUGGGGGACUCCUCUCGGAAGCGAUCGGAAUAUGUCUACGGAGAAAGCCAGCUACAAGAUGUCCAAAUUUUGCUUAAACUGUGGAGCAAUGGAUUCAGUUUAGAUGAUGGAGAAUUGAGAUCAUACAGUGACCCAACAAAUGCUCAGUUUCUGGAAUCUGUUAAAAGAGGAGAAAUCCCUCUGGAGCUUCAGCGAUUGGUUCAUGGAGGACAGGUGAACUUGGAUAUGGAAGACCACCAGGAGCAAGAGUACAUUAAACCCCGAUUGAGAUUCAAAGCUUUCAGUGGAGAAGGACAAAAACUUGGAAGUCUGACUCCCGAAAUAGUUAGUACACCAUCUUCUCCAGAAGAGGAAGAUAAAUCAAUUCUGAAUGCAGUUGUCCUAAUUGAUGAUUCUGCACCUACCACAAAAGUCCAGAUCAGAUUAGCGGAUGGAAGCCGUUUAAUACAAAGAUUUAAUCACACACAUAGGAUUAUGGAUGUCCGAGACUUUAUUGUUCAGUCCCGCCCUGAAUUUGCAACCAUGAACUUUGUUCUUGUGACUUCAUUUCCAAACAAAGAACUAACAGAUGAAAGCCUGAUGCUACAAGAAGCAGACAUACUUAAUACUGUGAUACUUCAGCAACUAAAGUAAUUCUGCUCCUGUCAGUGCAAUAGCUUGUGGGGGAUAAGCAAUGUGCCAUAUUUUUAAAAAUAACAACAAUGGUAAUAAAUGCUUCCAGGUUCAAGAAAAAUGGAAGCCAUCAUUUUGUUCCAUUCGUGUAGACAAGUUUUAUUUUUUUUAAUAUUGUACUGUCUUCCAGCCCUAAUCCUCUUGAGACUGGUUUGAAAUUUGAUUUAUACUUUCUCAUAGCUAUGCAUGCUUUUGGUUCUAAAUCACAGGACAAACUAUUUAGUGAUGCCCACUGAAUUGCACGACAGUUUGUCUUAUGGAUGCACCAACCCACUCAUCCCCUGUGCAAAAUAGUAGGGUUUGUUAAGUUACUUUUACUUUUAUUCGCUCCCUCAUACAGGUUUUUGUAUAUCUUUAAUUUAUUUUGUAACUAAAUGAAUAAUUUAAAGAAUUCAGUUACAUUUUCAGAUGUAUAUAAUUUUUCUCUGAUUUAACUGCCAUCAUUACAUGAAAACAAAACCUUCAAAAUAUGAGCAGUCUUGAAAGACAUAUGACGAGAAGUGUCAUCAACGAAUUGGGCUUUAUCAAAGGAUUUUAACGGUAUAGAUUUUCUGAGAAGUAUGUGAAAACUGUAAUUAUUCAACUCUCAUGAGCCAAGUGAAAUAAAUAAAAUUAUUUCUCUGGAAGUGGGAUAGCCUCCCUCCAAGAAUUAUUUGCCUGGAAAUGAACACUUUGUUAAAAAGUAAAUUAUGUCUUCCAGGGAGUUAUGUAACCUACCCAAAAUGAUCAUUUACUUCUAAUAACCACUUAUUCAAAAGUGUAUUUUAUUCCUCUUAUUCCAAUAGAAAUUUAGCUAAAACCUCAUCACAUUCCUUUAUUACAUUCUUAUGGCCUCCAUUUUACCAUUUGAAACACAGAUGGUUACAGUUUCAUACACACUGUGUACGCUUAUGUUUUGAAAUACAUGACAUUGCCUUAAGGCGCAUCAAAUCUCAAAUAGUGAAGCUUACCCUCAUUUAAUGUUUAUACUAUUUAACCUUUAUAGAAUGUCAUUUUUCUUGAAAGCCCAUUAUUUAUUCUCUGUCAAUAUAAUUUAUUUUAAAUUAUACCUUCAAAAAGAGUAGAUAUUUUCACACAGUCUUAUAGGGAACACAUGUAUGAAAUCAGAAUUGCUUUUGUAUCGCAAUUGUUGGCAUGAUUGUGUAAUCACCAGAGUUCUUCAUGUAUGCUCAUCAAUAAAGAAAAAGAAAAUUUUAGUUGA